AUGAAAAUAGACAGAGGAAAUGAGAAUUCAGUAGAUGAGACAUUAAUCGUAUUAACUUCUGCUCUUUUUUUUUCGCACUCAUUAAAGAAAUAUUUAUAAUAUCUAUAUUUUUGUAAUUAUCAUUAUUGUAAGUCCGAUGUCCAUAUUUUAUAAGUAUUUGAUCUAAUAAGAAAAUCUAGCGACAUUGUUCAAACCACGAUAUUUGUUCAAACAUAUAUGACAUCCAUCGUGAUCGUUCACAACAUUUAUCUGGAAAGGAAAAAUUGUCAAGAAUCAAUACUUUUUGCUAACGGACACAUUUCACUGUGAAAUGAAAUUUUGAAUUAAUUAGGUAAUUGAAUUAGCAUAUCUUUUACAUUCUAAAUUGUCUUGCAAAGCAAAAUCUUUUAUACAAAACGUGAAAAAAAAUCUUAAAUUUGUACAUAUUGUAUAAUAUUCAAGAUACCUGUUCUUACUUACAUAAACAAAUUUAAUGAUUCUCAAACCAACGUUUUAACCUUCCUUAUAUCUUCAACGUGAUGUCGAUUAUUCUUAAUUGAACUUAUUUUGAAUUACAGAUUAUAUUUCCAUUAAUUUUUACGGAUAUGUGUGACAAAGUUGACAUUGAAGCUGAAGUUUUUGGUGGAGGGCCUACUGGACAAGCUGGCACUAUUCGAUGGGGUAUUGCACAAGGACUUCGAAGCUUUGUCGAUAAAAGAAUGAUAGAAAGAAUGAGAAUUGUAUGGAAAAUCAAAUUCACUCUGAAUUAAUUGUAAAAGAAGAAGAAGAAGAUGAUGAUGAAGAAGAUAAAGAACAAAAAUGUGAUACCUCUAUUACUGAAACCAAAAGUAUUGUACGUGAUGGGGAAUCAACAAUUGGUAUCAGACCAAGGCCAUUAAUUUGUAAACCUGAAAAUGUAAAUAUUGGGUGUAAGUCCGAACCCAUAGAAACUAAAUGGCAUUGGGCUCCAGGAGCAUGGCAAGAUGCUACAAGAACCAGUGCUUUUCAACCAUAUAAGCCUCCUACUUUACUUACUAAUUUACAAAGAGGUAAUACACAAACAGAAAUAUCUCAACUUUAUGGUGGAAGUGAUAUUACAUUUCAUACAUUAGCUGGUCAAGGUGAACUUACACCUGAGCACAUACAUCCAAAUACUGUAGAUACACCUGAUGAAAAAGGUUUAACUGGUCUUAUGUGGGCUGCAAGAUAUGGACAAUUAGGCAGUGCAAGACAAUUACUUAAAGCUGGUGCUAACAAGAAUUACCGUGGUCUUAAUGGAGAGACUGCUUUACAUUUAGCAGCUGCUUAUGGACAUCAUGACCUUGUAAAAUUGUUAUUAAAUCAUGGUGCAGAUUCCAAUGCAAGUGAUGAGGAAGGAAAUACACCUUUGAUAUAUGGAGCACAUGGAGAUCAUCCACAUGUAUGUUAUGAAUUAUUAUCCAAAGGUGCAGAUAUUACGCGCCGUAAUAUGCAUAAUAUAAGUGCUUAUCAUAUAGCAGUAUUAAAUAAUUCAUUAACUGCCAAAGCAGUUAUCGAAAAUUAUUUGAUACAACAAGUGGUGAACAUACCAUCAGAUAUAUUGCAAUAAAAUAAUAUCAUAUGAACAACAUAAAUAUAUCUUGAAAUUUUUAUAGAUUUUAAAAAUUUGUACAAAUUAAAUUGUAAUAUUUAUAUCUGAAUACUUCAACAAAUACUCUUUAUUUUUAAUUUUAUUUAUAUAGUAAUGUUUCCUAGAAAAUGCAUUUGAAUGAAAUUUGUAUUCUGAUGUAAACAAAAAAUCUUAUAGGAAGCUUGAUUUAUACAUAUUUAAUAAGUAGACUACAUGAGAAAUAAGCUUUUUGUUAUUUACAGAAGUCCAAAUUCAAAUAAAAGUCUUUUAAAAUAUACGUAUACAAAUAUUUAUUUCCUCUUUCUGAUUUAUAAAAAUCUAUUAUUUUCUAUUAAAAUUUGCAAAAAUGUAUAGUACUAUUCCUGAAAA